CGGCACGUUACGUAAUUAAUAUUCAUGAUAAACAGUGUUCGCCUCAGCGUUUGAAACGCUGUUUAUUUUAACAAAGAUAGCGUUAUUCGACAUAUAUAAAGCUAUAUCGUGUGUACAUGCAGUUAUAGCAUAUAAUACUAUAAUAUGAGGGCAAAAUGAGACGUCUGACAAACCAGGAAAUGCGAUUGAUUUGGAGGACAACUGCGUAGUUUCACUUUCAUUUACGUUACCAAUCGGAUAUCUUGCAGGUUCGUUCGAAACUUUUUUUCGCCUAUUGUAAUUAAUGUCGUAUAAUUCGUGAGCAUAUUUGUCGCUUUGUGACGUCUAAACAUCGCAUACUAUCUCAUGUGUGUCAAACAAGUGACAAGAGCACAUAAUCCUAAUCAAACGCUCUGAAAGCUGACGUUAAACUCAUAUUUUCCGCCAUGCUAUUCUUAGCAAAGUAUUUUCAUUUUACAUUAGUAGCUUUGUUCUGUGCUCUUUUUGCUGGCAACCAUGCCAUGACCGUCAACAAGAACAAAACCGUGCUGCCUUUCCCCUGGGAUAAGAUGAGGUUGCCAGAAAUUGUCAAACCCCAGCAUUAUGACCUCCUCAUUCACCCCAACUUGACCUCUCUGACGUUUACUGGAGAGGUUCAGAUCCAAAUAGAGGUAAAACAGGACACGAGGGCAAUCAUCCUCCACAGCAAGAACCUACAGGUCUCCAAAGCUCUUCUUUUGGGCUCCAGACAACAUCAUCAUCAUCAGGAUCUUCAGAUCAGUGAGUUUGAAGCCAAUGAACAGAUUGCACUCUUCUCUGAAGGCUUCACUUUCGAGAAAGGGAGCCAUGUGGUGCAUUUGGAGUUCUACGCCAACUUAUCUGACAGCUUCCAUGGCUUUUAUAAAGGCCAGUACACUACAAAUAGUGGGGAGGUUAGGAUGUUGGCGUCCACUCAGUUUGAGCCGACACAUGCCCGAGCUGCCUUUCCUUGUUUUGAUGAGCCUGCAUUCAAAGCCAACUUUACCAUCCGCGUGCGCAGAGAAUCAAGGCACAUAUCCAUAUCAAACAUGCCCAAGCUGAGAACUGUAGAGCUGGCUGACGGGAUUCUGGAGGAUCAAUUUGACACCAUGGUAAAGAUGAGCACCUACCUGGUGGCCUUCAUCAUCUGCGACUUCCACUCCAUCAGUAAAAAAAGUCAGCACGGAGUUGAGAUAUCAGUGUAUACAGUUCCCGAGAAGAUCAGUCAAGCGGAGUAUGCCCUCGACACCGCCGUCACAAUGCUCGACUUUUAUGAUGAGUAUUUUGACAUCCCGUAUCCGCUUCCCAAACACGAUCUCGCAGCCAUCCCAGAUUUCCAGUCGGGUGCUAUGGAGAACUGGGGUCUGUCGACGUACAGAGAGUCCGGUUUGCUCUUUGACCCUGAGAAAUCUUCUUCCUCUGACAAAUUAGGCAUCACCAAAGUCAUCGCUCACGAACUAGCCCAUCAGUGGUUUGGAAACCUGGUCACAAUGCAGUGGUGGAACGACCUGUGGUUAAACGAGGGCUUUGCCAAGUUCAUGGAGUAUGUGUCGGUCAACAUCACUCACCCUGAGCUGCAAGUGAAUGAUUAUUUCCUGGAGAAAUGCUUCACUGCCUUAUCCGUGGACUCUCUGAGCUCCUCGCACCCUGUUUCCACUCCAGUAGAGAAUCCUGCAGAGAUCAGCGAGAUGUUUGAUGACGUCUCCUAUCGAAAGGGUGCGUGUAUCCUGAAUAUGCUGAGGGAUUUUCUGACUCCAGAGGUGUUCAAGUACGGUAUUAUAAACUACCUGAAGAAACACAGCUACCAGAACACAGUCAACUCGCACCUCUGGGAGAGCCUUACCAAUAUCUGCACUUCAGAUGGAUUGGAUUCAGGGAGACUAAAACUUGACGGAUUCUGCUCCAAACACACGGCUGAAACGCCAGCCUCUAAGUGGUUCAAGGAGGACAGUGUUGACGUUGGAGCCAUCAUGGACACCUGGACUCUGCAGGAGGGCUUUCCUUUAAUCACUGUGGAGGUCAAAGGUCAAGAGGUCACUCUUAAACAGGAGCGCUUCCUGAAAGGAGCAGAAUCGUCAAAUUCAUCAAGCUUCCUGUGGCAGGUUCCUCUGACGUACAUCACCAGCGGCAGUAAUGCAGUGCAGCGUUUCUUGCUGAAAACCGAAAGAGAUGUGUUUUACCUGCCAGAGAAGGUGGAGUGGAUUAAAUUUAACGUGGAUCUGCGAGGAUAUUAUAUUGUGCAUUAUGAGUCUGGAGGCUGGGAUUGCUUGAUUAAGCAGCUCCGAAUGAACCACACUGUGUUCAGCAGCAACGACAGAGCCAGUCUCAUACAUGACAUCUUCCAGCUGGUCAGCAUUGAGAAGGUCCCUCUGGAUAAAGCUCUGAAUCUGAGUUUGUAUCUCAGUAAAGAGUCCGAGAUCAUGCCGGUGACGCAGGGCUUCAGUGAACUGGUGCCGCUUUACAAACUCAUGGAGAAGAGAGACAUGCAGGAACUGGAGAACCAGCUCAAGAGUCAUUUAGUGAAGUUAUUCCAGCCACUGAUUGACCGGCAGAGCUGGUCUGAUAAUGGGUCUGUGUCCGAGCGGAUGCUCAGGAAUUAUCUGCUGCUGUUCGCGUGUGUCCGCCGCUACCCGUCCUGCGUCAGCACCGCCACACAGCUGUUUCACAAGUGGAAGGAAUCUGAUGGCAAAAUGUGGCUUCCUACCGACGUCAGUUUGGUGGUCUACACUGAAGGGGCGCGAACAGACGACGGCUGGGACUUUUUGUUAGAGAAAUACAAGCGAUCCGUCUCUCCAUCAGAGAAGUGGAUGAUUAAAGCUGCCCUCUCGUACAGUCCACUAGCUCACAAACUUCAGUGGCUUUUGGAAAGAAGCAGUGAAGGAGAGAUCAUGAAAACUCAAGACCUGCCGUCGAUGCUUAUCAGCGUCAGUAAAAACCCCAAAGGCUUCAAACUGGCCUGGGACUUCCUGAAAAGCAACUGGGGGAAACUGGUGAAAAAGUUUGAUCUCGGCUCUUCUGCUAUAUCUCGCGUGGUGGUCGGAGUCACCGAUCAGUAUUCCACCAAAGAAAUGCUUGAUGAGGUAGAGUUGUUCUUUGGGUCACUGGCGCAGGAUCAGGGCUCCGGGCUCCGCAGUAUCCAACAGGCCCUGGAGAAAAUCCAGCAGAACAUCCUCUGGAUGGACAGGAACGUCCCACUGCUGAAAGCCUGGCUGGACCAUCACACUUCAUGAUGCUUCAGAAAACUGCAGUUUCAGCUCCAGUGCAGAUUUUUACAGCGGUUGCACACUGCAAGUGUAACUGCAGCUGAAGACUCGUGACUGUUGUAGAGCAUCCGCAUCUGCUCCAAACGGCAGAUCGAAGGAACUUAGCCAGGACAUCGGGGUUAAACCCUUACUCUUUACCAGAAAUGCCAUCGGCUUAACGUCUCAUCUGAAAGACGGCGCUUACUGACAGCAUGGUGUCCCCUUCACUAUACUGGGGCAUUAGGACUCA